GCGCUCCCGGCCGCCAGGACUCAGUGCGAGGUGGCGGCGGUAGCGGCUGGGGCAGUUAGUGCUGCGCGGACCUACUCGGCCGGGCGCACAGACGCACCGGCUUGCCGACGGCCGGAGGGGCCGGGCGCGGGCGCUGGACCGUCGGGCAGCUAGCGGAAGCAAGGGCAGCGCGCAGCGAUUGGAAGACCAGCGACCGCCAGACUCCCGAGAGGCGCCCUCCUGACGCCGGUGCCAGGGCCGGGCCAUGGGGGGCAGCAUGCCCGCGAGCACUGCCUGAAGACGCUGUAGCCCCUGCCCCCGCGAUGGGCGCCCCGGUUUGGACUGUCGCGCUCUGCGUGGCCAUAGUGGUAGUGACCAGUGCCGCCUCGGGGCUCCCGGGCGCAGAGCAGCGCGUCGUGCGGAGAGUGGCAGAGGUCCCGGAGCCAGAGCCUGGGCAGCAGGAGCAGCUGGUCUUCGGCAGUGGGGACACCGUGGAGCUGACCUGCCACUCGCCUGCAGGUGGCCCUGCGGGGCCCACUUUUUGGGUCAAGGACGGGACAGGGCUGAUGCCCUCGGACCGGGUCCUGGUGGGGCCGCAGCGGCUGCGGGUGCUCAACGCCUCCCACGAGGACACUGGGGCCUACAGCUGCCGGCAGAGGCUCACCCAGCGCAUCCUCUGCCACUUCAGCGUUCGGGUGACAGACGCCCCGUCCUCGGGAGAUGAUGAAGAUGAGGAAGAGGAGGCGGAAGACACAGCAGGGGCCCCUUACUGGACUCGGCCUGAGCGGAUGGAGAAGAAGCUGCUGGCCGUGCCAGCCGCCAACACCGUUCGCUUCCGCUGCCCAGCCGCUGGCAACCCCACCCCAUCCAUCACCUGGCUGAAGAAUGGCAGGGAGUUCCGGGGCGAGCACCGCAUCGGGGGCAUCAAGCUGCGGCACCAGCAGUGGAGCCUGGUCAUGGAGAGCGUGGUGCCCUCUGACCGGGGCAACUACACCUGCGUGGUGCAGAACAGGUUCGGCAGCAUCCGGCAGACCUACACCCUGGACGUGCUGGAGCGCUCUCCGCACCGGCCCAUCCUGCAGGCGGGGCUGCCGGCCAACCAGACGGCUGUGCUGGGCAGCGACGUGGAGUUUCACUGCAAGGUGUACAGCGACGCACAGCCCCACAUCCAGUGGCUGAAGCACGUGGAGGUGAACGGCAGCAAAGUGGGGCCCGACGGCACUCCCUACGUCACCGUGCUCAAGUCCUGGAUCAGUGAGGCUGUGGAGGCCGACGCGCGCCUGCGCCUGGCCAAUGUGUCCGAGCGCGACGGGGGCCGGUACCUCUGUCGGGCCUCCAAUUUCAUAGGCGUGUCUGAGAAGGCCUUUUGGCUGCGUGUUCACGGGCCCCCAGCAGCCGAGGAGGAGCUGGUGGCGGCGGGCGAGGCGGGCAGCGUGUACGCAGGUGUUCUCAGCUACGGCAUGGGCUUCGUGCUCUUCAUCCUGGUGGUGGCCGCUGUGACGCUGUGCCGCCUGCGCAGCCCCCCCAAGAAGGGCCUGGCGCCCACCGUGCACAAGGUCUCCCGCUUCCCGCUUAAGCGACAGCAGGUGUCCUUGGAGUCCAACUCGUCCAUGAACUCCAACACGCCGCUGGUUCGCAUCGCCCGCCUGUCCUCGGGGGAGGGCCCCACGCUGGCCAACGUCUCUGAGCUCGAGCUGCCCGCCGACCCCAAGUGGGAGCUGCCCCGGGCCCGGCUGACUCUGGGCAAGCCCCUCGGGGAGGGCUGCUUCGGCCAGGUGGUCAUGGCGGAGGCCAUCGGCAUCGACAAGGACCGGGCCGCCAAGCCUGUCACUGUGGCCGUGAAGAUGCUGAAAGACGACGCCACUGACAAGGACCUCUCCGACCUGGUGUCUGAGAUGGAGAUGAUGAAGAUGAUUGGGAAGCACAAGAACAUCAUCAACCUGCUGGGCGCCUGCACGCAGGGCGGGCCCCUGUACGUGCUGGUGGAGUUCGCGGCCAAGGGCAACCUGCGGGAAUACCUGCGUGCCCGGCGGCCCCCGGGCACGGACUACUCCUUCGACACCUGCCAGCUGCCCGAGGAGCAGCUCACCUUCAAGGACCUGGUGUCCUGUGCCUACCAGGUGGCGCGGGGCAUGGAGUACCUGGCCUCGCAGAAGUGCAUCCACAGGGACCUGGCGGCCCGCAACGUGCUGGUGACGGAGGACAACGUGAUGAAGAUCGCAGACUUCGGCCUGGCCCGUGACGUGCACAACCUCGACUACUACAAGAAGACCACCAACGGCCGGCUGCCUGUGAAGUGGAUGGCGCCCGAGGCUUUGUUCGACCGCGUCUACACCCACCAGAGCGAUGUGUGGUCCUUUGGGGUCCUGCUCUGGGAGAUCUUCACCCUGGGGGGCUCGCCGUACCCAGGCAUCCCCGUGGAGGAGCUCUUCAAGCUGCUGAAGGAAGGUCACCGCAUGGACAAGCCCGCCAACUGCACGCAUGACCUGUACAUGAUCAUGCGGGAGUGCUGGCACGCCGUGCCCUCGCAGCGGCCCACCUUCAAGCAGCUGGUGGAGGACCUGGACCGCGUCCUCACGGUGACGUCCACCGAUGAGUACCUGGACCUGUCCGUGCCCUUCGAGCAGUACUCUCCGGGCGGCCAGGACACCCCCAGCUCCGGCUCCUCGGGGGACGACUCCGUGUUUGCCCAUGACCUGCUGCCCCCGGCCCCAGCCAGCAGCGGGGGCCCGCAGACGUGAAGGGCCCUCGCCCACCGGCCGAGCCCCCCGCCAAUGUGAGAGUGGGCCCCGGCCCACUGUGCUGCUCUGGGUGUGCCACCGACCACUGGGGCCAGCAGCCCAGGCCUGAGACCUGGCCCGGAUGGACGGACGGACGGACAACUUUGCAUCUGCGUGUGUGUGCCUGCGUGCGUGUGUGUGAGAGUCUCUAGGCCCCGGUGUGGGGUCCCCGGGGUGCCUGGCCUGCUGUACAAUGACCUCCUGGCCACUGUGCCGGCGGCAGCAGCAGGGGACGGAAUGUAGAAUGUAGGGGGCCCCUCCUGGGGGCCCACCCCAGGCUCCCCGGUCCCGCACUGCCACCUCCAGGGAGCAGCUCCGGGCUCUGGCCUCCUCCAGGUGCCCUGGCUGAGCCUCGGAGAGGGCCCCCCGGGGUGCGCCUCCCCCCCCACCCCCAUGGCACCUUGCGCCUGGGGGUGAGCGUUCGCACAGAGCCCCCCCAGGCCCCCUCCCCCCACCCCGUCCCUCAGCGACUGAGAUUACGGGUACCAGAAGGCAGGAGCCUUGACCUUCUGUCCGAGAGGUUUAUUCCAGAGAUGAGUGUACAUUUCUCUGAUUAGAUGCCGUGUGUGGAGGACACACACGCAUAUAAAUGUCUCUGGAAGGAGAGAGGCCCCUCCAGAGCCCCGGGGGGCCUGGGCCCUCCCAGCAACUCGCACACGCAGAGACCACCAGGGUGGGGGCCCGGCCUUUCCCAGCACCAGUUUUGUUUUAAAAAUUGUACCUGGACCUGUAUAUUUGUAAAGCUAUUUAUGGACCUUUGGGCUCCAGGCCUGCCCCCCCCCCCCCAAAGCUGUAGUAGUCAGCCCGCCACGCAGCUGUGGCUGAAGUCUUAACUUAUUAUUAACAGCCGAGAAGGUUUCUGCCUCAUUCAGGGGGCCGCUCAGGGUGUGCCCGGUGCUGGGCACCCCAGGCUGGAGCAGCCCCUCACCCCGAGAGGGGCCAGCUGUAGUGUGAGGUCACCCCAGCGACGAUGCCUGUCCCUCGGCCUCCUUUUGCAGGGGAAUUCAGUUUCUAUAGGGUUUUUUCUUUAGGAGAUUUAUUUUUUUGGACUUCAAAGCAAGCUGGUAUUUUCAUACAGUUGUAAUUGCCAUGCGCUCCGGGCAGGGAGGCAGCUUCCAGUGGGGACCGGCCCUGCACGCAGGUUCAGAUGUUAUUAGAUGUUACAAGUUUAUAUAUAUCUAUAUAUAUAAUUUAUUGAGUUUUUACAAGAUGUAUUUGCUGUAGAUUUAACACUUCUUACGCAAUGCUUCUAGACUUUUAUGGCCCGGACUGCUGCCUUUCAGAGCGUGGGGGAGAGCGAGCCGUGAAUUCAGUUUUGUUACUUUUUGUGCUGUUAACGCCCCUGAGUUCGGGUGGCUGCUCUCUGCUUGUCAGGGGGUGGGCUGGCAGGGGCUUGGGGUGGUCUGUUCUCGGCCCCCAGCCUCCUGGGGGCCAAGGGUGUCGCCCGCAAACUGGCAGGCAUGCUUUCCAAAAAUAAACAAUGAUUCCGUUCAGAGCCUG